ACCCUAAUCCGCUCUGUUUUCCUUGUAUUUCUGCGCCAUCCUACUACUUUAACGGUUCUCCUUUUUCGGAGGUGAAAGGAAAAAAAAAACGAAUAUCUCUAGAUCUCUCGUUUGAGUGUUGACUCAUCAACACCCUUCUGCUAUCUCUCUUCUCCUUUGAAUUUUCAUUGGAUUUACCGUCUUUUUUGGAGGAAGAAAACGAAGAGAAGAAGAAGAAGAAGAAAAAAAAUCGAUGAUGAAUGACAUCAUUUAUCUUAGUUCAGACGAGGAGGAUCAUAAACUAGUCGAUCACACUUCUUUCUUUGACGAUGACAUACCUAAGCGUACUUGUCAAUGGAAACCAGUUUCCGAGGAUUUAACGGUGGAGGACGACGAUGAUUGUGUGGUAUUAGAUGGUGAUCCUUACAAGACAAAGGUAAAGGAGACUACACUUCACACUUGUGAAGCCGAUGACGACAUCCUUGUGCUAGGGCAAAAGGGUGAGAUAGCUUGUAUAGACUUCCCACAUCCGCGACAUGCCUGCGCUAAGUACCCUUUCAAUUCCACGUCACACGACAAGUAUUGUGACAUGUGUCACUGUUAUGUUUGUGACAUACGUGCCCCGUGUCCUCACUGGUGCAUUGGUAUCUCAACCUAUAAUCACUGUCAUGCCAAUGAUAAAGAUCAGGUAUGGAAGAAUCAACGUGAAUGCACUAGGAGUGGAACAUUACUUCCGCCUCAAACUAUGCUACAAAACACUUGGUAUUCCCCUGUAAACCAGUUUGGGCCAUCUACUAUGGUUGCGCCUCGCUCGAACACGUACAUCAGACCUGGUUACAGAUCCGAGCAACCAAGAACCUUUCCGCAAAAUCUACAACCUCGUGCUCCUCAUCAGUUAUACCAAAACCAAAAUGAUAGGUUUAAUAAUGGUAACCCAAUCCCCCAAGUGUUCUCUUCCAAAUCUCUCUCAUGGACUCCACAAAGACCAAGUUUACGCUCUACUCCUUUGGAUGUUGCUCAAGGCUUCCCGUAUAACCCUUACGUCACUCCUCCCACGGCUUUACAAAGCAAUUCACAGCAGGCGUUUGGUGAUUAUGUAUCACCUCUAAGUCGAACAUCAUACGGUAGACAAUUUAGCCGGACAAGUGCAGUUUCGUCUGGACCACCUAAUCCUCAGGCGAAGCAGCAGCAGCAGCAGCAGCAACAACAACAAAGAAGUGUCAAUAGAGCACUUUCGGAGAUUGAGGACUGGCUCAUGGACAUUGGACAGCACUACCCGGAUUGAUCCGGCUCGUUCCUUUGUCUGGUCCAAUUCGGUUUCGAAGCCUUCUUUGGAUGAUUCGAACAUUAGGAUUGUAUUUUCAUAUUAGUUAAAUUUAGAAUCAGUAUGUACAUAGUAGUAUUAGCCAAGAGCUUUUUGGUUAGGACGUUUAGUUUACGAAAACAUAUUGUUAUCAGUAGGCCUAGUUAUCAGUCUUUUCUUUUGUUUUUUU